UUACACCCCAAAGGCCAAGCCUUCUCCGGCUAUAAGAACCGAUCCAUCCUCCCGCCACUCUCACACCAACACAGCAGAUCGAGCGCCACCAUCGCAGCAGGAAUCAUUAUGGAUUACGGUACUGAUGAGCGCCAACACGGCCAUGGCGGCGACGGCGAUGCGGCGGAGUGGAAGAAGGUGGCGGAGCUCAGGGAGGUCGUCGAGGCACAGGACCCCUCUGCCAAGGAGGAGGAUGACUUUGCGCUGCGGCGGUUCCUACGUGCCCGGGACCAAAACAUCAACAAGGCAUCGGCGAUGCUUCUCCGGUAUCUUGCCUGGAAGCAUGUCACCAAGCCCCAUGGUUUCAUCUCCGAAGACGAGGUGCGCGGCGAGAUCGCAAAGGGAAGGGACCGCCACCAAGGUUUUGACCGUCUUGGUCGCCCCAUAUCGUAUCUCUAUGGUGGGCGCCACUUCCCUGUCCGGCGUGAUCACGAAGAUCUCAAGCGCUAUGUGGUCUAUGUUUUCGACAAAAUCUGCACCAGGCUGCCGGCAGGGCAGGAGAAGUUUGCGGCAGUGAUAGACCUGAAGGGAUGGGGGUAUGCGAACUGCGACAUCCGGGGGUACCUGGCGGGGCUGGACAUCAUGCAGAGCUAUUACCCAGAGCGGCUGGGCCGCGUGUUCCUGAUCCACGUGCCCUACAUAUUCAUGGCUGCGUGGAAGAUUGUGUACCCCUUAAUCGAUGACAAGACCAAGAAGAAGUUUGUGUUUGUCGCUGAUAGGGACCUUGAUGCCACACUUCGAGACGCCAUCGACGAGUCCCAGCUCCCUGAGGAGUACGGUGGCAAGCUCAAGCUCUAGGCCUACAACAGUUCACCAUUGUCCAAGUCUAUCUGAUGAUCAAUCGAUAGCGAUGACCAUAUGACAUAUGCAAAUAAGGUUGCGGCGUCCGGCGAGACAGCCCAAGAGAGGUGACGAUCCUUGCAAGUGUGGGAGAUCGGCUCACCGCUCAGCUACUUGUUGUGAUUUUUUUACGAAAAAAAUGGCGACUCAUACGUGCGAUGUUAUAUAUGUUUUUUUCAUGUAAGACUGUUAUAUAUGUUUCAAAAACCAAGCGCCGAUAUUUCUCGGUGAAACACAUCAAAGACACAAAUGAAAUCAUGUUUUAUGUUUGA